AUGGACUUUUCAUCCUCUCCCAUCCAAGAGACCUUUCCUUCGGCAUUUCAGUCUCCCGCUCCUUCACCCACAAAGACCGAAUGCGAACUACCAGAUGUCGACCGUUCGUUCAACUCUUCCAUGUGUCUCUCACCUUGUGAUUCACCUUUACCAAGAUCACCAAGCUUAGGGAUGUCAAUGUCCAUGCCUAUUUCUCCUUCAGCCAAACAAUCCAACAUGUUAUCUGCACCCAUGCUCACUUUAAAGCCUCGUCGCCCUGAUCCAGUUCCACUGCAAUCGUCUCUCUCUUAUCGGUCUUCUACCCAGUCCAAGUCUGCUCUCAACACUUUGGGAUCAGGUCGUACGUUUGGGAGAGAAUUAUCACUCAACGUCCCAAGGCCCCCUCCUAACCCCCUGCGAGCGACAAAGACUUUGGGAAUGAUGCUGCCUCCUGCCGUGCCCGAUGCAAAAGGCUUCAAACGUGGAGGUUUACCCAUGCAAUGGACCGCAUCCAAUGAAGAGACCGGAGCUGGGACCGGGAAAUUAGCAUUCCAUCCCAGUAUGUUUAGAAGAGAGACUGAACCCAUUCUCUCUCCAAAAUCGUCCUCGCCGCUUCAGAAUAACAGUAUGGACAUUGACUCGCCCGUCCCAAGUCGCAAACCCAUAGUGGCCUCGUCACCCUCCUUCAGCGGUGGUAAGUCAAUAGACGGAUCACCGGGUCUCGGAAGCUUCUUCUGCGAUUCACCUGCUGGCCCCGCUGCUUUACCUCCCUCCAAACGACGUAGUCUGAUCGACUCUUCCCCCGCCUCACCUUCAAGUUCGCCAUCUGCCAAAAGGGCGUCUUUAGGAUUGAACAGAAACAUGGACAAAGUCGCUUCUUCUAGUGCGGCCUUGUUCGGUACAGGUCGUCCGAGUGCGAUUGCCACCCGUAGGGCUCAACCAUACAAGCGACCCUCACUACUGCCAGUACCAUUGACAACCACCGAUCGAUCCACUUCCGCAUCGUCCGCUUACCCAAUUUUGUAUGCUCCAAAACCUAACACCGCUCCCACAGGAACUUUCCCCCGUGCUGGUCUAGCACCCAUGCGUCGGGCGUACUCGGUAUGCGACCAACCUCACAUGCCUGAGAUGAGUGAAGAAGAGAGUGAAUAUGAGGCUUCUCCUUCUAUGGGUGCUCAUGCUGAAUAUGCAAGACGAUACGGAAAUCGUGUAAUACCACGUGCGGACGGUUCCCCCAACUUCAAGCCAAUGAGAUGUUCCAUCGCCGCCACCGGAGAAGGAGUCAUGUCCCCUCCGAAUCCUGGACAAAGGGGAAAGAAAGUCAGUCCAUAUGGACCAGGAGGAUUACCAGGUUUCGGGGAUAAUGAAAUGGAUGGAAAGAUUCUUCCUUGUCACAAAGUCAAAGAAGAUGGUUUGGUCAGGAUCACAGCUGACACAUUGGAUGAUUUACUUCAAGGCAGAUAUUCCGACAAGAUGAGACGGUUUCAUGUCCUGGAUUGUCGAUUCGAUUAUGAAUACGAAGGAGGACACAUCGAUGGAGCUAUCAACGUGAAAAGCAUGGACGCUCUUGACGAGUUGUUGUUGUCCGAGUCUAGCGGUGUUCAUGCGAAUGGUGAUUGCUUGCCUAGACCAAGUCGGAGUGGGGAAUUAGCUUCGAACCAGCAAGUGAUACUUGUCUUUCAUUGUGAAUUCAGUGCGAAACGUGCUCCGACUUUUGCCAAACAUCUCCGAGCGAUGGAUAGAACCAUCAACAAUGCCUCUUACCCCAAGAUAUACUUCCCAGAAGUGUACAUCCUCGAAGGGGGUUAUUGCGGUUUUUACAAUUCUCGACCUAAACGAUGUACACCUCAAGGUUACACUCCAAUGGAUGAUCCAGCUCAUUCCGAUCGUCGUAAUUCCGAUUUACACGAUUUUCGGAAAUUCUCCCGAACGAAAUCUUUCACUUAUGGAGAGACUCAAGUCGUUUCAUCUUCAAGAACACUCCCACCAUGUCCUGCAUUAGCUUUUGCGGCAGCGUCGGCAGCUGUUGGUAGACGAGGAGGAGGCAUGACCAUAACGGAAGAAGAUCAUGAUGAAAGUUCUUCUCCCGCAGACCCAAGGGAUGACUCUCCUUGUAAUCGAGUGGUAUCGAUGGGAGGUAUAGGUCAACCUAUAUUCGGAACUGCUAAAGCUAGGACGAUGGGAAGAAUGGGAUUUAGUAGAGUGGCUUCGUAUGCUGGAACGACCGUUCGACCUAAUGCCUAACCUUCCAUUCCCCUAUCUCACUUCUUCCUCUUCGUUCAUUCUUGAACUCAUUCGUCUCGACGAUAUCUCCACCUCUCAUACCUUUCCCCACUACGCACCUUCAUCCCAAUUCUCUUCCCAACUCGCCCGGGGAUCUUUGGGUUUCUGUUCACGUUCGACCAAACUGAAUCUCAAAGUAACUUCAAAGAUCAACAACGACGCCAAGGAGACGAACCGACAUUCGCCAACUGUAUCAUAAAUUAUCAUAUCUGUUUAAAAAAAUAUUCAUCCCUAAAACUUCUUUACUUUGCCUGUGAAAAAUAAUUAUAUCAAAAGGACAUUGGUCUUUGUACCUUGUAUCUCUAAUGAUGGGAUUUUAUCUGGAUCCCGUCACAAGAUAGUGUAUAGCAUUCUGUUGCUCUGCCUGCUUAGUGCUUUUUGCCUUCUGGUGGAUUUUUAAGAGUGACCUGGAACGUUGAGUUUCGUGUGGAGGGGUAGUGUGGCGCAUUUGGUGAUGAAGGAAGAAGGGAAUUUGUGAAUAAGAGGGAAAAGCGGAAGAAAUGUUGAUGAUCUGGGUAUCUUGCAUAUGUGAAUGAAUUUGCAUGCACUGGG